GUGUAAUUCGCUUUGUUUUGACACACUACGACAAGAGUUUCAUGUUUCACACGGAAGUAUUUUGGAGUUCGGACCUCGUGUUUAGUGGGACAUGCAGACACAUGAUAACAGUUUGGCGCCCUUCUUACUGUUUUGUCUGAUGUCCUGAAUUAACAUCAAAUGUGGAGGAGCAGGUUUCUCAGGGGGGCAGGCUGUCUCUUGCUGGGGACGGGCUGUAGUCCUUGUAAACCCUCUCAUCUUCCUCCCUGGAGAUAUCUGUCUUUUUACCAGCCAUGCUUUAAGCCAGUCCUGCAGAACUCUUUUGAAAAGCGAUUAAGACCCCAUGUUGCCUUAUAUUUCUGCAGAACAUUGAGAAAAGAUGCAAAGUCUAUCAUCGAUUUCCCUGUCCAGCCCCUAACAGUGACUGAUAUCAAGCAGUAUCUUCGUUCUAAAGAUAUACCUUUCCAUGAUGGCUACAGCUGCUUACAUGCUCCUAGUAUUUUUCUGGAACCAGUACCUGAGGGAUCUGGAAGAGAGAACUACUCGCUGUUUAUCGAUAAAACCACCGGACAGUUUCUGUGUAAAGAAACUUUAGUGGAAGGGAGCUGGGAGGACCUCCAGGAUUGCAUUGAGGUGAUGUUGAAUGAGGGUCAGACGUCCAUCAGCCCUAAUGUGCUACUGGGGUUUCCUGAGAGCUUGGAGGAGCAAGAAGAAAGAGAGAUGGAGAUGAAGGAGGUGCAAAGAAUAUGGAGCAGCUCUGUGCCUUUUUCUGACCUCCUGGAGGAGGAAGUGCAGCUUGUUAAAACCAUGUUCCAGAUCGGUAAACUCACCAAUGCCACACUGAAGAAAUUUGGGGUCAGGUUCUUCAAACCCACCAAGAGUUUGGUGUUCCCCUGGUUUAGUGGACGUGACUCGAGCCUCCGGGGUGUUAAAUUGCUUUCUGCUGCCAUGAAAGAUGACAGACAGGUGGUCUACACUGAAGCCACGGUUCCAAAAGUCUCCAGGUACCACAACCUUUUCGGCCUGCCUUUAAUAGGACGGAAAGAUGGUGAGGUUGUGCUCACGGGACGUGAGGUGGACAGCAUGGCAGUGAGUCAGGCUACCGGUCUUCCGUCUUUGGCCUUGCCGCGGGGUGUAAGCUGUCUGCCCCCCAUCCUCCUGCCUUAUCUGGAGCAAUUCAAGAAAGUCACACUGUGGCUGGGGGGAGAUAUGCGCUCCUGGGAAGCCUCAAAAAUAUUCUCCAGGAAACUUGGACUGAAACGCUGCUCUCUGAUUCGGCCAGGGGAGUUUCAGCCGUGCCCCAGUGAGGCUUUGGCCCAGGCCAGGAACUUGGUGCGAAUUGUCAAGGCUUCCAUCCCUGCUGCCCACAAGUCCAUUGUGUCCUUCAAACAGUUACGGGAGGAUGUGUACGGGGAACUGGCUAAUGUGGAGCAGGUGGCUGGGAUACAGUGGUCUCGAUUCCUUGAGCUCAAUCGAAUCCUUAAAGGUCAUCGCAAGGGGGAGCUGACAGUUUUUACAGGUCCCACAGGCAGUGGAAAAACCACCUUCAUCAGCGAGUGUGCUCUAGAUCUGUGCAUGCAGGGUGUCAACACAUUAUGGGGCAGCUUUGAAAUCAACAAUGUGCGCCUGGCCAAAAUUAUGCUGACCCAGUUUGCCAGGCAAAGGCUGGAGGAGAACCUGGACCAAUAUGACAUGUGGGCUGAUAAGUUUGAGGACCUGCCUCUCUACUUUAUGACCUUCCAUGGACAGCAGAACAUCAAGACUGUUUUGGAUACCAUGCAGCAUGCUGUUUACCUGUAUGACAUCAGUCAUGUGAUCAUUGACAACCUGCAGUUUAUGAUGGGCCAAGAGAACCUGUCUCUAGACAAAUUUGCAGUACAAGACCACAUAAUUGGAGCCUUCAGGAAGUUUGCCACAAACAGCUGCUGUCACGUGACUUUAAUUAUCCACCCUCGGAAAGAAGAGGAUGAUAAAGAACUGCAGACAGCAUCCAUUUUUGGCACAGCCAAGGCCAGUCAAGAGGCAGAUAACGUGCUCAUCCUUCAGGAGAAGAAAUUGGUGACAUGUCCUGGCCGAAGGUCCCUUCAGGUGGCCAAGAACCGCUUUGAUGGGGACGUGGGGAUCUUUCCCUUAGAAUUUAAUAAAGCCUCGCUUACCUUCUCUCCUCCUGUGAAGGGAAAGCAGAAAAUUCGUAAGGUGAAAGUGGACAAGAAUAACAGCACGGAGGAAACCGAGGAGUUUGAACUCAAAGAAACAAGUGAGAAACCUGUCAAGCCUGCCAAAGCCAAGACCUCAAAGACAGUUAAGGGCUCAGCAGCAGGAAAGGGUUCCACAGAUUGAGAAGGAAAUAAUCACUAGCUCAGAGAAUUCAUUAUUUGCAUGAAUUCAAAUUAAACGUGUGUAAUACAUGAAAAUGUAAUAUUAUGAUGUUAACAAACUUCAUUGUUUAUAAAUUUGGUUCUGGAUGGAUUUGUGUAAGUACAUUUGGUUAGCAAUACGUCCUGUUGUCUCACUGUAUAAAGGAGUAAAUAACACUCAAUGAAUGUUAGUAUUUUUAGAUCCUCUUAAAGAUUAUGCAAUGUGUUUAUGCAUACACUGAUGUUUUAUAUGCACCAAAAUGAAACACAUUAUUUUGUUUUCAAAAAUAUUUGAUGGCUUUAAUAAGGGUUAAAGCUCUUAAAAUAUGAUACAAGACCCUAAAGCUGCAUUUGUAGGGAUCGUGCCAUACGUUUCAUUAAUGUAAAUCCAUUUUAUGGAUUAUGUCCAAAAAUGUAAUGUGAUCUAUUUCUGUUUCAUUGUAACAGUUACUGUAGGAGAAAAGUGUCACAAAUAAUAAGCUAUUUAAAGCCUGUGAAAAUUGUUAAUAAAGUGUUUUGUAGA